UGUCUCCUGAGGCACGACUCCAAAUCGGAAAGAAAAAAAAAAAGGAAAAGGGAGGCGGGAGAGCGUCCGGAUUGGGAGGCUGGAGGAGUCUUGGUCUUUCGGCUCCGAGUGCUGAGUGCGUUUGCUGGAUGGAGCGGGAUGGGGUUUCGGAGACGGAAGCCAGGUUGCGCUCGGCGGUGGUAGCUACUUUCUCCCCAGCGUGGUUGGAGUCCUGUGUGGACACGGGGAUGUGUCAAGAGGACUCCUAACUGGCCUGCCCCCCCAGAAUCUCCGGUAGACUACUUCUGGCCCACGUUAGGUAGCGGGUCGCCCCAAAGGGGUGGAUCUUCAGUACAGCUUAAGGGAAGAGGGAGGGGUGGUGGAAAUCUUCUGAAGCAGACCUGGAGCAAGAGGUCCAGAGGGGAAAACUAAAGGGGUGAGGGUACUCUAGUGGGGAGUGGAGGCCAAUGGGAGGUGGGCUCUGAGAGGCGUGCCCCCAGGUGGUAGCUGUGACCCAGUUCUGCCUUCCCAGAAGUUGUGUAGAAUUUACCAGCCGGCUCUGCACCCCGCUCUCCCGCACUUGGCCUGUCCCUGAGCUGGGUUCUCCAGAAGCAAUGGCUGUCAACCACCUCCCCACCGCAGCCCAGGAUUUGGUGACCUUCAAGGAUGUGGCUGUGCUCUUCACUCGGGAAGAGUGGAGGUUUCUGACCCCUGCCCAGAGGACCCUGUACCAGGACGUGAUGCGGGAGAACUACAGCCACCUGGUCUCUCUGGGACUCUUACGACCCAAGUCAGACAUAUUUUCUCAGCUGGGAAAAGGGGAGGAAUGGGUCCCAGUGGAUGCCUCGGGAGACUUCUGUCUUGACUGGACAGCUUUGCCCAUGAAUAAGAAAUUUACUUUCAGGGCAGACAUUCCUGAAGAAUCAGAUCAAUGGGAAGCAAAGGAAAGAGUCCUAGGAGACGGUCACUGGGACUGUUCCAGUCUAUUGGGAUGGCAGUGCCAGGAAGGCCAAGUGGUGCUCAACCGGCAAAACCUACCCUCUGGGGUUAGUGAGCAUGAAGCAAUAGGACCUGGCAAACGCUGCGCUCUGAGCUCAUCUGAUGAGAGCCAAGAAUGUCGACCUCGAGCAAAAGCCUUCGAGUGCAGGGAGUGUGGUAAAAGUUUCUCCAAGAGCUCAACCCUCAAAAAACAUCAGAAAAUCCACAGUGACAAACUCAUUACAAACCCAAAAACUCAUCUUAAGGAGAAGCGCUAUGAAUGCAGAGAAUGUGGGAAAGCAUUUCACCAAAGCACACACCUGAUCCACCACCAAAGAAUCCACACAGGUGAGAAGCCGUAUGAAUGCAAGGAGUGUGGCAAGGCCUUUUCUGUGAGCUCCUCACUGACAUACCAUCAGAAAAUCCACACUGGGGAGAAACCUUUUGAGUGCAACUUGUGCGGCAAAGCUUUUAUUCGAAACAUACACCUUUCCCACCAUCACAGGAUACACACCGGAGAGAAGCCUUUCAAAUGUGAUGUCUGUGAGAAAGCUUUUGUGUGCAGAGCCCAUCUCACCAAACACCAGAACAUCCAUAGUGGGGAGAAACCAUACAAAUGUCAUGAGUGUGGGAAAGCCUUCAACCAGAGCACAAGUUUUCUUCAGCACCAGAGGAUCCACACUGGAGAGAAACCGUUUGAAUGCAAUGAGUGUGGGAAGGCCUUCAGGGUGAACUCUUCCCUCACGGAACAUCAGAGAAUCCAUACUGGAGAGAAACCUUACAAAUGUAGUGAAUGCGGGAAAGCUUUCCGGGAUAAUUCAUCCUUUGCCCGACAUCGGAAAAUUCACACUGGAGAGAAACCUUACAGGUGCGGCUUGUGUGAGAAAGCCUUCAGAGACCAAUCAGCCCUAGCCCAGCAUCAGAGAAUUCACACUGGGGAAAAGCCUUAUGCCUGUAACAUAUGUGAAAAAGCCUUUAGUGACCAUUCGGCCCUCACCCAACAUAAAAGAAUCCAUACAAGAGAAAAACCUUACAAAUGUAAACUCUGUGGGAAAGCCUUCAUUCGGAGCACACACCUCACGCAGCAUCAGAGGAUUCACACAGGAGAGAAGCCCUACAAGUGUAAUAAAUGUGGCAAAGCUUUCAACCAGACUGCAAACCUCAUCCAACAUCAGAGACAUCAUAUUGGAGAGAAGUGACGUGAAUCCUGUGUAUGUGCAAGAGCUUUGAGACUGCAGAGAUUCAAAUAAUGAAUAUAUGGGGCCUGCACAUGGGCAUAGCAGGCUAAUCCUCUGCCUGCGGUUUCAGCAUCCCAUAUUGGCACCUGUUUGUGUCCUGGAUGCUUU